AUGAAUUUGUCAUCUUUGAACUCGUCGUCAACACGAGGUCACCUUGUCGACGUCAACACGAUUCCACCUCAGUGUCAAGUCAAAUACAAGUCCGCUUUAGCUUCAAGUAGACACGACCACCUCGUCAUCAACGUGAGUCCACCUCGGCGUCGUCAACACAAGUCUACCUCGACGUCAAAUCAAUAA